CAGUCAGUCCCAGAGGACAGCUGCCACUGGCUGUCUUAAUCCUCACCGACUCCGUUUCAGGCAGAAAUGCAGAGGAAUGAAACGGCAGUCUKCGUGCCACACGCUCCACUCCGGAAAUCGCGCGCGCAGACCCGAGCUCACCUGCUUUUAAUUGGACCAUCGCGACAAGUUGCUCGAAGUGACGUCAGCGCCACUGACUGACUGCCUACAACGCGACGAGGACACAGCUUCUUCUUCUUUUUUUUUUUUUUAUUAUCAUUACUUCACGUGAGAGUGAAUAACUGAGCCGCAGCGAGGCACGCGCUCUCACCAGGCGGAGAGAAGACGAAAAGGCAGGCGGCGUGGUGGGGAGCAGCGCGCGCGGGCACGUUUCAGCCUGUGGACGGAUGGAGGCAGAGCWGAGGGCUCACAGCGUCUCGGCAUGGACCAAACAGCCUCUAGUUAGUUGAACUGAAGAGCAGAGACUCGGACUUUAUUUAUAUAUAAAAAAAAAUCAUCAGAACAAAAACUCUGGAAUUGAUUUUUACUCUUUGCAGGGAACCGAAGCUGCUCCAUCCUCAUCUCUGGCAUCAGCAAUAAUAAUAAUAUUAAUAAUAAUAAUAAUUUGUUUGCGCGUGCGGUCGGUGCGCCCCUGCCUUCCAGGAUCCAUGGGUUGCACUGUGAGCGCAGAGGAUAAGGCUGCCGCGGAGAGGUCCAAAAUGAUAGACAAAAACCUCCGUGAAGAUGGAGAGAAAGCUGCAAGAGAAGUGAAAUUGCUGUUAUUAGGUGCUGGGGAGUCUGGGAAGAGCACCAUUGUAAAGCAAAUGAAGAUCAUCCACGAAGACGGCUACUCAGAAGACGAGUGCAAGCAGUAUCGAGCGGUUGUUUACAGUAAUACCAUCCAGUCUAUUAUGGCUAUUGUUAAAGCCAUGUCGAGACUCAAUAUAGACUACAAAAACCCUGCAAGAGUGGACGAUGCCCAGCAGCUCUUUGCCCUGGCUGCAGCUGCGGAGGAGCAGGGCAUUCUUCCUGAAGACCUAGCCAACGUGAUUCGGCGGUUGUGGGCCGACAGAGGCAUACGGAGUUGCUUUGCACGGUCGCGAGAAUACCAACUCAAUGACUCAGCAGCAUAUUACCUGAAUGAUCUGGAAAGGAUAGCAAAAGCAGAUUACAUCCCCACGCAGCAGGACGUGCUACGAACUCGGGUUAAGACCACCGGCAUCGUUGAGACCCACUUCACCUUCAAGGAACUGCACUUCAAAAUGUUUGAUGUUGGAGGCCAACGCUCAGAGAGAAAGAAGUGGAUUCACUGUUUUGAAGGAGUAACAGCCAUCAUAUUUUGUGUUGCACUGAGUGCUUAUGACCUGAUGCUGGCUGAGGAUGAAGAGAUGGUAAGGAAAAACCUCUUGCUCUGACGCACGCAUGCAUAUUUGUGUAAAAUGAAUCACAUUACUGUCCUGAUGCAUCUCAGUAAUCCAGGUAAAAAAUCAAAGGAAA